UAUUGCAGCUAUUCAUUAAGACUGAUUAUUUUCGCUUUUAGGAAAAAGACAAGACAAAAAAGUAAGACAGUUAUCAGAACGAGGAACGAUAUCUACCUAGUCUGUUGCGCUGAAUGGCGUAGGAAAAGUGCGGGUUCCUCAGACUGUACAGAAGGUUUGAUCUAAGUGUUUCUGUUGUGAUUUUAACUGAGCCCUUCUCUUUUCUAAGCUAAACAAUGAGCUCAGUGUACCGACUGGCUUUUAACAUAGGGGCAGAUCGGUAUGAUUUUUUUGUUAAAGGGUUUAAACUUGUUCGCACAGUUUAAACCAUCCUUCCAUGCCGUUACACAUCAGUGUCACUAUCUACUACCACACGAGUGACAUGCACUGAAUUGUGUUGAAUUUUGUGCAGAUUUCCUCAAUUUAAAUAGCCUGCAAAGCAGGCGUAUUUUGGGGCGAUAUCCAUGAAUUGUUUUCAGGAUAACGUUGUCCCGCCAUCUUGGACGUUAAUACUACCAGAGAGUUGGGACGAGUCAAAAAGUGUUUUUAAGGGAGAGGUAGAUGGGUUUAAAAUAGGGGAGGGGAGGGGAGGUUUUCUCCUCUCUCCUCCCCGCCCCUCCCCCCUUCCACCGCCCCUCCCCCUUAGUCUUUUUGGUUGCUUUUCAAGAUGGCGGCCACGAUCAAAGUACCUCCGAGUUUUCGUUAAAAAACGUAAAAAACGCCUGCUCUGCAGGCUACAAUUUAAAUAAGUGCCAUGGUUGAAAGGCAAGGAACUUCCCACAACCCCCUACCCAGCAGUGAUGACAAUUAGGUCUAUUAGGAGGCACUGAUCGUGUGUGGUUUUGAAUUAUAGCAAUCUGUUACAAUGGAUGCAACAAUGGAGGCCGAUGCGUAAGUCCAAACACGUGUAGUUGUACAAUUGGAUGGACCGGACCUACUUGCAGUGAUGGUGAGUCGGUAAUCCUAUAUGUAGAUAAAGUUUAACAGCGUUACAGACUGGACAUAUUAUGAUACUGAAACAGUUUAUUAAGUAAAAGACAAUUCUUAGUAAUUGAAACAGACUGGAUACGAAAAUAUGCUAGAGUCUAUGGAGUGCCGAAACAUUUUCACGUAAAGCACAAUUCACGCAUUCCAGCCAGAGUACCAAGAUGUAUAUUACAGUGUAUGUUCGAGUGUGGAAUGAAUUGAAGAGCUUGGCUGUAUGCGUUUAAAAUUAAGUUUUCACCACCACCACCGACGUUAAAUCAAGUUUAUCCGGUCUCUGUCAAACACCUUCGAGGUUACAAGCAAUGGCUUACACACAACCGUGUGUUAAACUACUUUUUUUCUUCCUCUAUAGAUGUUAACGAAUGUGCAACCAAUAAUGGAGGCUGUCAACAGAUUUGUGUCAACAGACGAGGAACCCCAAACACCUGUACUUGCAAAAGAGGUUUCAUAAAACAUCGUUAUGACAGCACCAAAUGCAUUGGUAAGAGAUGUGCGACAAAUCUGAAACUUUUUAAUAGUGCCAUUUGAAUCAAGAAUACAAAGUAAUGAUUAAAAUAUUUUUUUCGCAGAUUUUGACGAAUGUCAAAUGAGCGACUCAGCUUUGUGCACUUGUGCUGAUGGUUCGUAUGGAAAAUGUGGAGCUCAGUGCAUUAACACACAUGGCAGUUUUUCUUGUUCUUGUGCUAAUGGAUAUAGACUAUUUGGCAAAACCAAGUGU